GAAGGUGAGAGCGGUCCUUCCCAUGAUUCCAUGCAGGAUGUUUUCGACCUGCAAGCCUUCCGUCCAGUCGUGAACCUCAGCACUCCGACUGUAACCAACAUCUCUUUCACGCUCUACGCCGUACUCGGGGUGAACGAGAAGACGCAGAUAUUGACCACAUUCCUGUGGCUCAGGCUGUAUUGGCACCAUGACUUCCUGGUUUGGGACCCUGACAAGUGUGACGGCGUCACCAGGAUCUCGCUGCCCGUGAAGAAACUCUGGUCCCCUGACAUCAUCGUCUAUGAGUUCGUGGACGACGACGUCUCCCAAGCGUGCCCGUACGUCUACGUCAACCACACGGGUCACAUUCGCUGGGACAGGAUGCUGCGUCUGGUCUCGGCCUGCAACCUGGAGAUCUUCAGUUUCCCUUUCGACGUGCAGAAUUGCACCUUCACCUUUGGCUCCUACAUGCACACCAUACGUGAUGUGAGGGUGAGUCCAGCACUGACCUUCAAAGAAAUGUCUGGAAACUCCAAGCGUUACCUGGAAGCCAGUGGAGAGUGGGAACUGGUAGACAUUCUGGGAGAGACCUCCAUCCUUCAGUUUGGGAUCGACGAAUGGGACGUCAUCACUUUCUGGGUGGUGAUAAAGCGGCGCCCCGUGCUCUACGUGGUCAACCUGCUGAUCCCCAGCUCUUUCCUCAUGCUCAUCGACAUCCUGUCCUUCUACCUGCCGCCCCACAGUGUGGACCGGGCCUCCUUCAAGAUGACCCUCAUCCUGGGCUACACAGUCUUCCUGCUCAUCAUGAACGACCUGCUGCCCAGCACCGCCAACGGAACGCCCAUCAUAGGUAUUUAUUUCUCAGUGUGCUUGGCCCUCAUGGUGAUCAGCCUGCUGGAGACCGUGGUCAUUACCAAUGUUCUCCACAACAACUCCAUGAAACACCAAGCCGUUCCACAGUGGGUGAGGCUGGUGGUCCUCAAACACAUCGCCAGCCUCAUCUGUUACCGUUGGCAGGAGGACAGUCCUCCUCCUUCUGUGGUCCAGGACAAACCUCCAGAAGGUCAAAGUUCAUCCAUCCAGGCAGCCAGCAGGACAUCAGCCCAGAACCCAAGCAGCAAUGAGGGUAAAUGCACAUUUUCUCAAAUCCCUGCGAUGGCCGAGCUACAACAAAUCUGUCAGCACCUGAGCGAGCUCCGUGCUCAGGUGAGCUCGACGCAGAAGGAGAGCGAGCUGUACGAGCAAUGGUGUCACGUCGGCUACGUCCUGGACUUCCUGCUCUUCCGCAUCUAUCUGCUGCUCAUCUCCUGCUACGCCGUGGUCAUCAUCACCAUGUGGUGCAUCUGGAUCAGGCAGUUCUAG